AUGAAGCAUAGUUCGUUCAAGAAGGUUUUGUAAAGAUUUUUAAAGGCGCAGGCGCUUGAUUUUGUGUUUCUUAUCAUUUUUCCUUCUAAAAAAGAUCCUCAGGUUUUACCAAGACAUUCUGAAAGAACUGUACUCCAUGCUCCACUAACUUGACAUUGAAAAAUGCAGAUUUUGGUGAAAAAAACUUUCUUUUUGUCCAUUUUUUGGCUGAUGCUUCCAAAAUGAUUUUUCUUUGAAAAUUAACAAAAUUGGAUUUUUUUUUUCAUUUUUUCCUAGAUUCAUGAUGCUUUUUUCCCUCUCAUUUUCACUGUUUUUGCUUUCCAGAUGUAUACUUUAAUGAAAACAAUAAUUUUUUACGGUUCUUUUUUCUUCAUUUUUUUUUUCCUACUCCAAUACAUGUACCUUCGGAACAUUCCAUUUCCAUUUUUAGGUUUUAUUGUCAUUUUUUUCGUUUUUUUAUGUGCUGAUUUUUCGAAUUUUAAUAAAAAGUUUUAAAAAAGGUUUGCUUUAGAAAGUUUUCUGUCAAUGCAGUGAAAUAACAAGAAAUUUAUCGGUUGUUAUUUUUUCUUUUAAUUUUGAAAAUGUCUUAUUCUUUUGGGUUGAAAAAAAUGGUUAGUUUUUCUGACCAGGAUUCUUUCAAAAAGUCUGAAAAAUUUUAAAUAUAUUAAUCAUUUAUUUUUUUGAAGAAAAGGGCCUUUGAAAGGCCUUAAUAGCGCCUUUUUAGGAUUCUUUUUGAAAAGGACUUCUCAAAAUAUAAGAAACAUGUCUCGAGAGGAAACUUACAGUACUUCGUUUUUGAACGUGAAGCAGAAAGCUCCGCCCCCAACAACGCUCUCUGUUUGGUUUGGCCUUUGCAUAAGGGACGGAGCUUCAACUCCUAUAGGUGCAAAAUGAGUGGCCCCUGAAGGGGUAAAAUCAAAGUGGUCCCUAUAGGGGUUUAGAGUCUGACCCCUUGGCCCUAAAGGGGUCUUCCAAAUUCAUUCAAAAAACGCUUAUUCAUUCAGUUUUCCCCCUGGAUAUGCUUCUUCGCCUAGAGUUCAUAAAAAAUGUCGACCAGAAUGCCCCUAUAGGGACCAUUUUUGAAAGCUUUACUGGCCUCUGUAGGGGUUGGUAAAGUGGUCCCUAGUUGGACCUUCCAAGGGCCCCUAUAGGGACCACUUUGGAAUUCUUAAGAACUCUAAUACAGUGGGGAACAGUUCUUUUUUUUCAAGAGGUGAGAAAAAUUAGCUGUUUGCAUUUUUUUUUUUGAAAAUCAUUCUCGUUUUUCUAUUCAAGGCUUUUGAAACUUUUUCAUAGCCUGUUCAGAUUUUUAGUUUCAAGUACACUGACGUCAUUUGAAAACGCAAACGGGAUUGGUUUUUAUAAAAGUUGCGGAGCUUGACCGUCGACUGGACAUUUAAUAUUUGAACCGAUUAUGAUUCUUGUCCUCUUAAUUUCAGGGAAAAGCCGGAAAGAUGCAACUUUUGGGAGCAAAAUUCUCUUCACGGUUUCGCUGACCUGGUUCUCGGCCCGCCGACGUCGUCAAAUGGCCGUUUUAUCUUCACGUCGUCUGAUUUUAAGUUGCUUCUUUGCCGAUAA